UGCCCAGAACGGGGCGGGACUCCAGAUAGAGCUGCGCACUGCUGAAACCGGUAAGCGAGCACGUUGUCAAAGUGCUUGUGUUUCACUCUCAUUCAAAGACCACUUUUUUAUUCUACAAAAGCAACUGGAACCAGGGAAUAUCGACCCCCGAACGAGUACAGAAGACGAAGAAAUGGUGAUGGAGAAGCCAAGUGCCCAGCUGGUCGGGCGAGAGUUUGUCCGACAGUACUACACACUGCUCAACCAGGCGCCCGACUAUCUGCACAGGUUCUACGGAAAGAAUUCGUCGUACGUCCACGGGGGGCUGGACACCAGCGGGAAGCCCAUGGAGGCAGUCUACGGACAGUCGGACAUCCACAAUCGCGUGAUGGCGCUCAACUUCCGUGACUGCCACACAAAGAUCCGCCACGUGGACGCCCACGCCACCCUUAACGAGGGCGUGGUGGUGCAGGUCAUGGGUGAACUCUCCAACAACAUGCAGCCUAUGCGGAAGUUCAUGCAGACUUUCGUACUCGCCCCUGAGGGCACGGUGGCAAACAAGUUUUACGUCCACAACGAUGUCUUCCGCUACCAGGAUGAGGUUUUUGCCGAUUCUGACUCGGAACCACCUGAAGAGUCUGACGAUGAGGUGGAGGAGAUUGAGGAACGAGUUCCCUCCCCGGACGUCAUGGCCGAAGAGUCCGUCCCUGCUUUCUAUCAACCCGCAUCUAUUACUGAAGUACCACACCCUGCUGACGAAGAAAAAGCGGCGCCGGCGGCCAGUCCGGAGCCAGAACCCGAAGCGGAGAACGAAACGGGCGCGGUCACCGCUCCUGAGCCAAAAUCCGCCGCACCGGAAACUCAAAGCGCCGCGCACACGCAGUCCUCAGACGAGCCGGCCGAUAAGAACCUCGCCUCAUCCGCGGAAGUCGGCGAAACGGCGCCCGCCGCACCGGAGGAGAACAGGCCGUUCUCGUGGGCUUUGGUAACCAGCAAGAACCUCCCGCCCAGCGGGGCCGUGACGGCGUCGGGUGUGACGCCGCAUGUCGUCAAAGCUGUACCCGCAGCCCCGCCUCGCGUGGAUGUGAAGUCAGAGUCACAGUCAGUGUCGCAGAGACCGCCGCAGCGUGACCCCCGACCCCGAGAGCAGCGGCCAGGGGCCCCGCCCCCCGCGCACAGAGGCCAACGCCCCGUCCGGGAAGGUGAGCAGGGCGAGGUGGAAGUCAGGCGGACGGUGCGUUACCCGGACGCCCAUCAGCUGUUCGUUGGGAACGUUCCGCACGCCGUCGACAAGAGUGAACUCAAGGAGUUCUUUGAGCAAUACGGGACAGUGCUGGAGCUGCGGAUCAACAGCGGAGGAAAGCUUCCCAACUUCGGCUUCGUGGUGUUCGACGACUCCGAUCCUGUCCAGAAGAUACUCAACAGUCGGCCCAUCAAGUUGCGCGGCGAAGUGCGGCUCAACGUGGAGGAGAAGAAGACGCGCUUGGCCCGGGAAGGCGAGCGGCGGGACAUGCGGCCUCGCGGACCCGGCGGUCCCAGGGAGCGCAUCGGCGGUCCCAGGGGCCCGCCCGGCGCCGCCCGCGGGGGUGCCGUCCAAAAGCCUAGCUUCGGUUCCGGCCGUGGCGGCGCGGCGGCGGCGCCCGGAGAGACCCGCUACUCGGCGCAGCGCCCGUGAGCCUCGACCACCGGACUCGACCAAAUUGACGUCUUCGGAUUUAGUUUAGUUUGCAGCUUUUGGUCGCGUCACUGUUUGGCCCUCGCGCUCGCCGCCAUCUCCAUUCCCGGAUGUCUGUUUUCUCUGUAUUUUUUUGUUUUGUUUUGUUUUUAUCUCCCCAACGGACUGGAAGUGGCAAGUGGACUGGUGUACUUGAAUCUCCCGCCCGUUCUGUUCCUUAAAGGAACGCGUCUUCUUAGCUGGCUCGGUGCUACUCUGGGCCCGCCCACCAUGCAAAUAAAUUAAAGUCCAUUUCCUCUUUUAAAAAAAACUGUUUGGCUAAUUUACUCACACUGGACAAACUUGGGAGGUUUUAGGCUAGCACAACUUCAAGGGACAAAUACAGGUUGUCACAGCUUACGAACGAGUUCCGUUCCUACACUGGCGACAUCACCCGGACUUCCGCGUAAGUUGGAAUGAACCCUUCAAGUACCCCUAAAUACCCCCUAUAUGUCAAAAUACAGUGACUAUCCAACAGUGUGUAUUUUACGUCAUGUUUUUAAAAAAGAUGCCAUUACUGUUUCACAAAAACAACAGUUAACACACCAAAAAAAAAACAAUAAAAAUGCUAAAUACAUAUGCAAAUACACAAAGCCACAAGGACACACACUAAAGAAAAAACUAGGGGUGUGAUAUUAUAUCGAAAAGGUUGUAUAUUGCAAUACUUUGUAGCCCA